AUGAGUGAAGAUGGCAGCGAUGGGUCCAUUGAUAUUGGAUGGCAACUACAGGAGUCUGACGAGCGGAACAAGAGGAAGAGAGAUGAAGCGGAAGCCGAGGAGUCUGAGUCGUCCCCAGUCGCAGCCCCAGUCGCAGCUUCUCUUCCCCGUCCACGUCAAAGCUUGCAGGAAAUACAACACCGAAUGCAGAUGCAGAUACAGGAACAGCAUCAACAGCGUGCUCUUGCAGUGCCGCCUCGACCUUUGGAAUACUACGACGAUGAGUUUGCCCAAGACAUGUACAUGGGGCAACUCAGAACCCAGGAAUUACGGGAACGACCACCACGUCCUAGGACGACUCCUUCGCCUAAGGAACAUGCACGGUCUACCUCCGCCUCUCCCGUACAGAGAUCGGCCUCACCGGCAAUGAGGAAGGCCGCCAAGGAAGCUGCCAAACAGGUUCAAAAGAAGAAGAAAGAAAACGAAAAGAUUGCCAAGAAAGAGGAAGACGAUAGGCUUGCAAAGAAGAAUAACGACAAAAAGAUUGCCAAGAAAGCGGAAGGGGUCAGGCUUGCAAAGCUUAUCUCUGCAAUGAUUUGCGGACACGACCACAUCGCGCACAAGCACAAAAUUGUGUGCGGGCAAGAGCAAAGUCCCAAGGAUGGCGAGAUCUACAACGUGGCUAUGACAAUGACCGUUCGUAAAGACCAACCCAACGAAGAAGUUCUGGACUUGUCCAAAUUUACCAGCAAGGACGUCCGUGCUCUCGCUCUCAAGUGUGGAGUCAGGGGAGGUGGUAACAUGACUAUUUUCACUGCAAGGAUGGAGAUUGCACGCAGCAUUCAGAUGGGCACUAUGUACACUGACCUGUCUAUUGCGAACCCAGGUUCUGAUGCCGCAGCCGUGAGGAUCAACACUCUCAUAAAACUUUUGAAUAUAUGCUUCCACGCUGAUAAUUUCACUGCCUUUGUUGCUCUCAACGACAGUAAGGGACGCAAGGACUAUGAAGAACAGCCACUCUCAGAGCAGGGAGUUAGCGGAAAUCCGUGA